UAUAAAUAUUGCGUCACCAUGGCGCCUAACUAAAUUUCAUUUUCACACUCAACUGAAACGUCCCUUUGAGCGCAGUGUGUCAGAGAAGAGAACCGCCCCUUGCAACGCUGUGUGGCAGAGAAGAAAAACGCUUGAAAACUUCACUCACAUAUUCUAGGGUUCCAUUUCGAUCUUCGCUAUGCAGAAGAAGCUAGCAUUCCCAGUCUCCAAGAGCCUGGACCAAUUCAAAUCGUUGUACGGUUCAAUUUCGGGAGCUUCCAAGCCAUUAUCUUCGCGUCCUUCUGUGGAUACCGUUUCAUCGGGGAGUUUUGCAAACCUGAAGCUCACCGCAGAGAAAUUGGUGAAAGAGCAAGCUUCGGCGAAGACUGAUCUUGAAAAUGCGAAUGCUAAGCUUAAGAAGUCGCAGGCGUGUGUGCGCGCAUUGGAAGAAAAAUUGCAGAAUGCUUUAAACGAAAAUGCCAAGCUCCAGGUCAAGCAGAAGGAAGAUGAGAAACUGUGGAAGGGAUUGGAGUCUAAGUUCUCUUCUACUAAGACUUUAUGUGAUCAACUUACGGAGACUUUACAGAACUUGGCUGGUCUGGUUCAGGAUGCCGAAAAAGAUAAGGAGACAUUGGAAAAUAAACUGUCAGCAAGUUCAAAAACUCUUGAUAGCUUGAGUAAACAGAUGGAUGGUUUAUCUUUGAAGCUAGAUUCUGCACAGGAAACAAUUAGAACCCGUGAUAACGAACUAGAGAAGCUCAAGUUUGCUUCAGAAGAAAAGGAGAAAUUUCACAGAGAUGAACACUGCAGAGUUGCCAACGUUAUAGAAGAGAAAGAUAAUAUGAUAAGGAAUUUAGAAGAAAUGUUAGCAUCUAGUAGAUUGGCUACAGAGAAUUUGAACUCAACUUUGGAAGAGGUUCACCUUCAGUUAAAAGUUAAAGAAGAUGAAAUUAUGCGUCACAUAACCUGUCAAGAGAAAUUGGAGAAAGAAAAGAGUGAUCUUCAAUUGCUGAAUACCGGGCUUGCAGAAAAGCAUGACAUGUCACUUCAGGAAAUUGAAAACCUUAACGAAACACUUCAGUCUUUGGCUGCAGAUUUGUCAAAUUUAGACAAAGAAAGCCUGAAUCUUUUGAGCAAGUUUGAUGAAAUGAAUUUACUCUAUGCUUCUGGCUUCCAGUUGGUUCAGAAGGAGAGAGAAACUUUCUCAAAACAUGCUCAAUACCAGUAUAGUGAGCUUAAUAACAAAUUUGUAGUCUUGGAAUUAGAAAAGAACGCAACUCAAAUGAAAAACUACGAGUUAAACAAAACUGUGGAUGAACUUCAGAAAGUUCAAGAAUCUACGGUAGCCCAACUUACAGAGGACUCUCGAUUAGCUGCUGAGAGAAUUCAAAGUUUGGUGUCAGAAACUGAGAAUUUAAUCUCAAAAAAGAAAGAAGCAGAGGUAUUAAUUUCCAAAUUAGAAGAGAAAGUUGAACUUCUAUUAGAAAGUUCUAGAUCAUCAGACAAGCACGUGCAAGACUUGCUGCUGAAGGUUUCAGCAUUAGAGACUGAAAGCAAAGAAAAUACCGAAAGACUACAGGCAGAGAUAUUGAAGAAAUCAGAGGAAAUAGAUACUUUGCAAAAGGAGAGAAUAAAACUAGAGAAGCAUGCUGAUUCUCUAGAUCAAGAAGUAAUCCAGCUUCAUAAUGCCCUGGAGGAAAAAGAACAGUGUGUUUUACAUUGUAAGGAACAGGAAAAGAAGCUACAAGAUCAAAUCACAGAGAACAUAUCAUUGUUGACUGCUGUUGAAAGCAAACUUUCAGAAGCUAGGAAGCAAUAUGAUCAAAUGGUAGAGAAUAAACAGUUAGAACUAUCAAGGCAUUUGAAAGAAAUAUCUCAGAGAAAUGAUCAGGCUAUCAAUGACAUUAAGAGGAAGUAUGAAUUGGAGAAGAUGGAAAUUGUGAAUAUGGAAAAAGACAAGACAGACAAAACUAUUGCCGAAAUUGAGGGUAGAUGUGAUAAAAAAAUUGCAGAAUGCAACGAAGAAUCAAGGCAGCAGUUGAUGCGUAUUCAGGAAGAACACACGUUGCUGGUAAGCAUAGGAAAAAGUGUUGAAUUUUAAAUUAUUGGCUACUUAGAAAUAAUCUGGCAUAGCAUUUUCUAUUACAUGCGAUUCUAAGUGGUCUAAUUCGGCUUUAGUUACACUUUUAAUUACUUUAUGUUCUAAUUAGUUAAAAAUCCAUUUUUAAAAUAAACUUAUUGUUGAGUCCGGAGAAAAUAUUUGUUGAAGUUACAAAAGGAUAUUGCAAUCGUCACAAGUGUGCUAUUGUAAAAUACUAGAGAUCUCUUUCUAAUCUCUAUGAAUGGACGUUUAUGUGCUGUUUCAUUUAUUAAAUUCAAUAAAAUCUUUUCUAUAUAGCUGAAUUCUCUUAAAGUUGGUAUUAGAACUUCUGAUAAUGGGAUAUAAGCUUCUGUACUUUUCCCUUUGCCGUCUUAGUUGCAUUUUUAACAUUUUGGGGUUAUUUUGUGCUCCUAUUUAUUUUGUUUAGCUGGUUUGUCUAAAGUGCACCUAGUUUGUGUUUCAUGAGUAAUUUUAUUGUCACCAUCAUCGUCACUACCACGGCCAGAGAGACCAACUUGACCGACAACCACACCAAGAGAUUCGCCAUUCUCCAAUCUGACAGCUCCCUGGAGUUGUGUCACCAUUGGAGCAGCCACGCGUCCACCUACAUGCCUGUUCCCCUUGUCUGAGUGUGUGAGGGUUUGCCACACCACCCAUUUUCUAACCGUUGUUGUCGCUAUUUCCUUCACUGGAGUUAACAUGAGAUGACUGUUAUAGACCUGCCCCUGUUAAGAACCUCUGCCUCGGGUUUUGUAUCUCUCCUUUGUAAAGGGCAUUGUUCAUGAUUUUCUCUAAAAAAAAGGGUCUUAAGGAAUCACUUCUUUGGUAUGACAAUUCCACUAGGUAAUGCUUAUUUUUCACAUUUGCUUGAUGAUGAUCUUUUUGAUGGUCGAAAUUAUUUCUAAUGGGCUAAAUUUAUUAGGUGCACAUUCAAGGGUAGGUUCUAUCAUAUUGAAAAGUUUGGGACAAUAAUGACUCACAGAUUAUCAUCUGACUAUGGGGAUCCAUGAUUACAUAAAUUAUAUGUUUUACUCCUGUGCAUGUGAAAUUUGGAAGACCUUGAAAUUACUUAUUUCUUAUUAUAACACGUUUUGUUAUGAGUUAGAAAACAAGAUCUUCAGUCCUAUAUAGGGUGUCCUCUGUGUCGCAAAAUACACUGGAAUAUUAAAGGGUCUAUGGAUUUAAUUGGACUAGUAUCAAAAUUUGAAGUUUGAAAAUAGCAUAGAUGUUGCCUUUCUUGCU